GCGCAUCCCGCUCACCGUUUCUUCUUUCUCAGCUAUCCUGCUACCCACUCACGACAAACACGGGUUUUCCUCCGGCGUAGAACGUAGAAGGACGCACUGAUUAUUUCGCCCUCGCGAAAUCCGCAGCCCACGCACGUAUUUUACAGAAAGUUAUGCAACUCCUGAUAUCACCGCAGUGAAUUCUCUGUUCAGACGUCUGGGAAUUGGGGAUAGAUACGAACAAAACGAAUGCAUAAAAUCGAAUAAGUUAUAUCACGCGGCGGCGUGUGUUGGGUAUUGGACGGAGGCCAGUCGAUGAAUUAUCACAGUUUACCACCCGCUGCCGUUCCGAUGCGUCAGUCAGAGGAGUUGAAUUUCUUCCUUUCUGCCGUUGGCAUUCUUAGUAGUGAUACCUGCCUGAGCGAGCCCGCGGGGUCGCAAGAAUCCCCGGACAUGGCUGUUCAGAUUUUGGACGCUGAUCACCUAGCCAUCAGUGCCAUCGUCACCGUCGCGAUGCAGUUCAUCUUUUUCAUCAUUGCUGCGUCGUUCCAGAUCGACAAGGUCACCGACUUUGCGGGAGGAACGAACUUCGUCAUAAUAGCUUUGCUCACCUUCUUCCUUGGUCAGGAUGGAAAGAAUUACGAUAGUCGGCAAUUGAUGGUUACAAUUUUCAUCUGUCUCUGGGGUGCACGACUAUCGGGCUACCUGCUGUAUAGAAUUCUAAAGAUAGGAAGGGACAAGAGGUUCGACGAUCGUCGGAGUAACAUUAUUCGUUUCGCCGUUUUCUGGACCUUCCAGGCGGUUUGGGUAUUUGUCGUUAGUUUGCCGGUGAUAUUCAUAAAUUCUCCGCGGCACAAAAUUCCACCGGCACCGAAGACGAUGACGACCCUGGACAGCGCUGGAACUGGACUUUUCGUCAUCGGGCUUCUGGCCGAAACUUAUGCCGAUCUUCAGAAGUUCUCCUUCAGAUCGGACCCCGUGAACGACGGAAAGUGGUGCAACGACGGAUUAUGGCGGCUUUCACGGCAUCCAAAUUAUUUUGGUGAAAUCGUCGUUUGGUGGGGAAUAUUCAUAAUUUCGUUAAACGUAAUUGAGGGUGCUGAAUACGUCGCCAUCGCAUCGCCUUUGUUCACGACCUUGCUCCUUCUAUUCGUCUCUGGGAUACCUCUGCUGGAAAAAUCAGCCGACGAACGAUACCGAGACAAUCCGGACUAUAGGUACUACAAGCAGUCGACUUCUCCGCUGAUCCCGAUCCCGCCGUCGAUAUACGUCGAAGUGCCGUGGUUCCUAAAGUUCAUAUUAUGCUGCGAGUUCCCGCUGUACGACUCCCUCGACGAGAGGCCCCAGCCGGCAGCGACUGAAUCGACUUCGAUCAGCAACGCGGCUUCCACGUAGCUGUAGCCGUACGUCGGGGGUCCAGCCUCGGCACCCGGCGUACAAACUGCCUGCACGGCUAGUACGGCGAGCACGGCCCUCUGAGCUUCCGCUCGUACCCACGUCGUCGGUUUCUUCUACCUCGUCCCCGCUUUCCUCGGGCGAAGAAACCCCCGACUGGACGUUCAAGGCGAUCGGAAAUCUCCCCGCGCGCCAGUCACCCGCUCGACCAGAUAUCGCGGAUUCAAAUUCCGACGCUGCCGACGCCGGAAAAUCAGCUGACGCGUCCUACGAGUCGUACAUCCCGGCUGACAGACCAGGAAGAGUUCGAUACCCGAAGACUCGAGCCCCAGGCUUUACUUUUCGGGGCCCCGUGACCGUCGAAGCGAGUCGAACCAUGGUCGACAGUGACCGAAGCAGGGGUGCGAGGGGAGCUCAGAGGGACAAAAAAAUGUGUAGACAGUUUGCGGUUGACCUGACGUCGACCGGAGGCAAAGAGGAAGGCAGACCUAUACCCACCAGACAAUCUAACUACGAAAAAUCGAGCAUGUCGUUCGAAAAUCCGGGCUACUCGGGUCGCACUACAGGGUCCAAGCACAUGGGACGAACCAUCCGCCAGAGGAACAACAGCCCGCAAGUAUCCAUCGAGGAAAAACAUCUGGGUCCAAAACGAGUCGAAGAGUCCGGGAAUACGGCGGCCUCAAGUAGACCCAAAUUUUCAAGGUCGGCGACCAUCGAGUGGACUUUUGAGGGCCCGAGCACCGCGCCUCCGUCUUCCGACUGGAUCGACUCCUUUACGAGGCAACACGGACUCGCGGAGUGGAAUUUGCCUCGCAGCCGCCGCUCAAGUUUCGCCAAUGCUGCCAGGUCCAGUCUCGACAAUCCGAGAACCGGGAUGAAGCACAGAGUUCUAUCAAAAUCUCCAUCCGCCCCAACUCACGAUUCGAAUUCCACUUCGGUGAAGGAUUACGGAUCGACAAAUUCCUCGUUUGAGCACCAUUCCACCGAUCCUAUACCCGACGUCACGGAGAUUCGUGUUCCUGUUCACCAGACGCCGAGAUCCGUUUCCUCCGAGGGUACGGAGAAACACGAGAAGUCGAACAGUUGGUCCAGAAAGCUCGGUAUAACGGGAUCCCAGUUUCUCGGUACCGGCUGGACGGUUUCCACCAAACGUUCUCCGACUUAUCCGUUGAUCCCACCCUCGUCGAAGUCUGAAAGGUCCGAAACCGCGGGUGAAUCUUCGCUAGGAGAUCCUGGGCAAUCUGUAUCGAUCGAGAUGACCGACACCGACGUCGAUCUUCCGUCUACCGGAUUUUCCGGUUUUAAACUUCGCGGUAAACUGAGGAGAACCUCUUCGUCGGAGACUAGCUGGAUCACUGGAAAUCAAGCGGGACCGAGCGCCGAUCCGGAUCCGGUCAGGAGACGAAAUCAUGCAAUCACGAAACUCCACAAAUCACCGAGUGGAUCGAGCAGAAAUCAGCUUGAUACCGUUGUCCAGGUUAAUCCAAGCGGGGGGAGCGGAUGGCUGUCAAUAGCGAGGAAUCAACGGGCUAAAAUAAAGAAGUGUCGGACUGUUGGUAAGCUUUAUACGACCGUUAGAGUCGAGGAUGACGACGUCAGUGUUCUGGUUACCAUGGAUUGACAUUAUUGACAUUAUAACGUGCCGAAGUAACUGUAUACAUUGUGAUUCAAGAAUUUUUAUAUAUUUUCGCAGCAUUUAAUCAAAAGGGAUUUUAUUAUU